CUAUUUUAUAUAUCGACACCCAAGAACGGCACACACAAUCACAAUCUCAUCACUAGAGAGAGUACUGAGAAGAGUUCUAAAUUACAGUUUCCCAUCGGAAAACCCUACCGGAUAAUGUGUCCGACGAAACAAAAACACCGGAAAUCCGAUCACAAAUACACCGAUGAAGAGAGCUGCUCGUCAAAAUCCGAUCACGAAGAAGACUGGAGAGAAGAAGUAAUCAACAGUGGUUCAUUAAAACAUGUGGAUCUUCAUACUGGAACAAACGGUUGGGCAUCACCACCAGGAGAUUUAUUCAAUUUAAGGAGUAAGAAUUUCUUAACCAAGAAACAGAAAUCACCGUCAGGUAAUUGGAUUCUGAAACCCGCCGGAGUCGAUUGGUUACGAUCCAAUUCAAAGCUAGAUAACGUGUUGAACCGAUCCGACAAUCGAGUCAUGAACGCUUUGAAAAAGUCGAGUACAUUAGAGAAGCCAUUUAUAUUUGCAGUGAAUUUGCAGAUACCAGGUAAACCUUUUACUCAUUCAGCAGUGUUUUACUUUGUCGCGAACAAUAAAAACGAUUUGAGUCCACUAGUGAAACGAUUCAUUAACGGCGAUGAUACUUUCCGUAACCAGCGAUUCAAGAUAGUGAAUAAGAUCGUCAAAGGGCCAUGGAUUGUGAAAACAACUGUAGGGAAUUACUCAGCUUGUUUAUUAGGCAAAGCAUUGUCAUGUAAAUAUUAUAAAUCGGAUAAUUAUUUAGAAAUUGAUGUUGAUAUUGGGAGCUCAGCGAUUGCUAAUGCCAUUUUGCAUUUGGCAUUGGGUUAUGUAACUUCAGUUGUUAUUGAUAUGGGGUUUUUGGUUGAAGGACAGACUGCAGAGGAAUUGCCUGAGAAAUUAUUAGGUGCUGUUAGGAUAUCUCAUAUGGAAAUGUCUAGUGCUACUUUUGUUGAAUCUAGUAUUGAUUCUGUUAAAGGGAAGGUUAACAAUUGUGGUGGUAGAGGGUCAGGGUUUUCUAAAGUUAAUCAUCAUAAUGGACAGGUUGGAGAAGCUAAAUCCAGUGAUGAUGGUGAUGAACAAGGUUGAGAUUUUUAGCCUUAGGGGGUUUGUAUAUCUCAAAGGGUUGUAGAUAGUAUCAAUGAAUAACUUUGGAGAUUUUAAAAUCAGAUUUUUUUAAAUUUGAUUUGAUUCUCUUUGCAAUGGUAAUUCUUGUUUCUGUUGUUUUUUAAAUUUUAAUUUGUAAUUUUUGAAAUUUUUAAUGGAAAUGGUUCGGCAUAUCCUCUUUA